AUAAAUGGAAUUAUUAAUUUCAUAAAUUUUCAAUCAAUUUAAUAUUUGUUUCAUCAUGUAAAUAACAUCUUUUAUCAUGUGAAUAGAAUAUAUUUAUUAACGUUUGAUAAAAUAUAUUUAUUAAAAUUGAUCGUUAUUUUUGGUUCAGUGUAGGUUCUUCGUACAAAGAAUUUUUACUUUUUAUAGAUGUUAUUAGACAUGCCGACACUCGAAAACGCUUUAGAUGCAAAAUUAAGUUCAAAAAUGUUUAAUGAGACACGGUGUGAAGGAAUGCUGUAUAGAGAUGGAAUUGAAUUGUGUCAUGAUAAGCCUACUCUUGAAUUACAUAAAGAAAAUUAUCAACUCAACAAUUCCGUUAAAACAAUGAGAGACAAAUUAGAUCAAACAAAAGCUAUGCAUAAUAUUCUUAUAGAACAUUUGAAAAUUAUAGAAGUACAAUUGCAGAACAAGACUCACGCGUUAAAUGUUGACCAGAAAUGUCUACAGUAUAGAGAACAACUAGACGACCCAGAUCGUAAUUAA